AUGCAGAUGAUGCAUGAAGCCAUGCCUCCGGGAGAGCAUCCUCCACAUCAUCCGCCUUCACAGGCACAGAGGCCAGCAAAGCGGCGGCGGCUGAAGGGCCUCGAUGCCAACAGCCUCGAGAAGCUCCUUCGUGGGCUGCAUCAAUGUCUUAGGAGAAUCGUCGACUCCUUGCCCGAUGCGGCUGCUGGGCCAAACGGGAAGGAGGCGCCCGUCCAAGCCCUCGAGGAGGAGUUCGAGCGCUACUGGAGGCUGCGCUUUGAUGCACGAGCCAUGGGUGAGUCAGGCACUGCCUCGUUCUUGCGGCGCUUUCCUUCCGUUUUCAAAGCCAGAAGCAAUGGCGUCGAAGUGCUGGUCGCCCCGCUUGAGGACCCCAACUUCGAUGACGCAGCAGCGGCCGGUUUGGAGCGUGCAGCGCCCGAAGACAAGAACUUCCAGGUAGACGGCUUCGCUGCCAGCUUCGGUGAACAGGUCAUCGCUGCGCUAGCGAACCUGGUGGCCGAGGAGCGGAAGCCUGGCAGCGUUCCUCUGAAUUUCCAGUAUGCCAGCUUCGAGGUGGCGCAGGAGCUGCUUUCGAAGCUGAAAGACGGCGGAAGCCGUGAAGAGGAGAACGAGCUCAUCAAUGCGCUUCUGGAACCGAAGCCCCGCGCAUUGCCAAAGCAGGAGGACUUCCCGCGUGAAGAUCCACUAGGUCACAUGCCCCCACCCAUGGGGCCCGGACCGCCAGGACCUCCUCCUUUUCCAGGCCCCGGAGGAGCUGGGCCACCGCCACCUGGUCCCCCCAUGGGCGGCCCCAUGGGCGGCGACUGGAAGGGCAAGGGCGGAUUCGGGAAAGGCGGCGGAAAGAAGGGGGGAGGCAAGUUUGGCAAGUUCGGCAAGUUCGAUUACGGGCGGUGGUGA